UCCCACAAAGGAUUUAAAACCAUCUCCUGCCUCAGCAUCGUCCACCCUCCGGGUGCAACUGCUGCAAGUAUGAUUAAGAAGAUGUCCCCAUCCGAGAACGAGUUCGACAUCCCGGCUAAGAAUUGCCACAGGAUGGUGAUUCUGGGCUCCACCAAAGUUGGGAAGACUGCGAUUAUCUCUCGGUUUCUGAACGAGAGGUUUGACGACCAGUACACGCCAACUAUUGAGGACUUUCACAGGAAAUUGUACAGCAUCAAGGGAGACGUUUAUCAGCUGGACAUUUUGGACACAUCUGGAAAUCACCCCUUUCCUGCAAUGAGGAGACUUUCAAUUCUUACUGGUGAUGUGUUCAUCUUGGUGUUCAGCCUGGAUAACAGAGACUCCUUCCAGGAGGUGCAGCGCCUGAAGCGCCAGAUUUACGAGACCAAGUCCUGCCUGAGAAACAAAACCAAGGAGAACGUGGACGUCCCGCUCGUCAUCUGCGGCAACAAGUGUGACAGAGACUUUUACCGCGAGGUGCGGGAGGAUGAGAUCGAGCAGCUGGUGGGCGGAGAGGAGCACUGCGCUUACUUUGAAAUCUCAGCAAAGAAGAACACUAACGUAGACCAAAUGUUUCAGACUCUGUUUACUAUGGCUAAGCUGCCCAACGAGAUGAGCCCCGAUCGGCACUGCAAAGUUACCCUGCAGUACUGCGAGGUUCUGCACAGAAAGUCCUUCAGAAACAAGAAGUGCAAAGACGGGAACGCAUACGGGGUCGUGGCACCGUUUGCGCGGAGACCCAGCGUGCACAGUGACUUGAUGUACAUAAAGGAGAAAGCUAUAGGAGGCGGGCAGGCCAAAGAGAGAGGCUGCAUCAUCUGCUGACCCCCUGCUUGUGCGUCAAAAAGACUUUGAGACUUUCAUGAGCCUGCCUUUCUGCGCACAGUGCGCAAAUACUGUAGACCUGAGCCUCCGAGGCGACACUGACAAUGUGAUCCAAACUCUGUUGACGCACGUGGAGCACGUAGCUCAGCUCCUGUGUAGUGAUGCAGUACUGAUAAUGCUGUAAAAUCUGCCUCUACAUCUGCUUGCCUAAAAGGGCAC